AUGGCACGUGAUCGACCUAGUCGUCAUCAUCGUAAACAUUCUCAUUCAUCAUCAUCAUCAUCUUCUUCUCGUUCAUUAACACCAUCACCUAAACAUCGUCGUUUAUCAAGCGAUAAUACUGAUCAAAUACUUCAAAAACACAGUAGAUUUUUUUCUCAAUUACCAGAAGGUCCAUCAAAUGGAAUAAAACGAGAAAAAAUUGAUGUCGAUAGUAUUCCUUUUCCAUCAUCAUCAUCAUCACGUUCGUAUUCAACACCAAAUAUUGAUCGACGUCAAUUUGAAGCACGUCGUGAAGAACGUAUACGUAUAGCUGAAUUUGGUAUACGUGGUCUAUGGCCAAGUUCACCAGUAGGAAUCGAUGAAGAAAUGGAUGAAAAAAUUGAAAAAAAGAAAAAAUCACAUAAAAAAAAAGAUAAGAAGAAAAAAUCAAAAAAGAAACGAAGAAGACAUUCGUCAUCUUCAUCAUCUUCAUCAUCAUUAUCUGACAAUGAAUCAGAACCAAAAUGGAUUGAAACAAAAACAAAAAAAUCAUCAUCAUCAACAACAACAACCAUAAAUAUUAAUAAUUUACAAAAACAACAAAAUGAUGAACAAGAUUUUAUUGGUCCGAAAUUACCUGAACAUUUAUCACAACAACAAUCAAAUUCUUCAACAAAUCCAUUAGGAACAGAUAAACCAUUAGAUUUUGGUAAAGCACUUUUACCUGGUGAAGGUGAAGCUAUGGCAAGAUUUGUUGCUGAAGGAAAACGUAUACCACGUCGUGGUGAAAUUGGUUUACAAUCGGAAGAAAUUCAACAAUUUGAAGAACUUGGUUUUGUUAUGUCUGGUAGUCGACAUCGACGUAUGGAAGCUGUACGUUUAAGAAAAGAAAAUCAAAUUUAUAGUGCUGAUGAAAAACGUGCAUUAGCUACAUUUAAUCAUGAAGCACGUUCGAAUAAAGAAAAAGCAUUAAUGACACAAUUUAAAAGUAUUGUAGAUGCAAAACUUAAAAAAUAA